CGCAGCCCCAGCCAGCCGCCCGCUGUGAAUGCUCUGGUGGCCAGCCAAGUGACAGUCAUUGCUAGACAACAGAGACCAUGGCCGACGUGACGAUCCGCAAGGGGCUGCGUAACCCGCUGGACGAGGCGCAGGUGCGUCGCGCUGUACUAGCGUUGCGGACAUUCGCGGCCAAGAAGAACGAGGAGCGGUCCAAGGCGACGCUCGUGGAGGACGUCGACUACGUCUCAUGCAUCUUGACGCGCAAACUGGUGCCGGCCAAGGCGUCGCUCAAGCCAAUUCCAAUCACGCUGCCGCACGCAAUGUACGAUGAGUCGGCCGAGAUCUGUCUCUUCGUCAAGGACGAGGACAAGAAGCGCAUUAAGGAGGCGCUGGCCAAAGACCCCGUACAGGGCGUGACUAAGAUCAUGACGGUCAAGAAGCUGCGCAAGAACUUCCCGCGCUUCGAGGACAAGCGUGCGCUGGCGGCCGCCUACGACAUGUUCCUGGCCGACGAGCGCGUGCUGCCCUACCUCAAGGGUCCGCUCGGUACUACGUUUUUCGUCAAGAAGAAACAGCCCAUCGCCGUGCGCGUGUCCCGCAAGAGCGUGGCCAACAGUGUGCGUCUUGCUUCCCGGCGUACGGCCUUCCACGUCAGCGCCGGCGUCUGUAGCAACGUCAAGGUGGCGCGUCUGGACAUGGAUCCCCAGCAGAUUGUGGACAAUGUCAUGGUGGCCAUGAACAACUGCGCCAACCUCGUGCCCAAGGGCUGGAACGGCGUACAGUCGAUCAGUGUUAAGCUCGCGGAUUCGGUGACGCUGCCAGUGUACAACGCACUGGCCUCGCUGGCCAAGCUGCCGCCCGUCGGCAAGACCGCUAACCUGAAGAAGCGGAAGCUCGAGGAGUUUAUUGCCGAGGCUGAUGCAGAGGAGGAGGCUCCCAAGACCACAAAACAAGGCAAGAAGGCAGUUGCGGCCAAGAAGAACAAGAAGCAGCAGGCUGUGGAGGAGACACCGAAGGGCAAGAAGGCCAAGAAGGUGGCCAAGGUGGAGGCAGCAGAGGAGACCCCGAAGAAGCAGAACAAGACGGCAAAGAAGGAGGACAAGCCAGCAGAAACUACCGCUUCCCCGGCCAAGAAGAAGGCCCGGGGUAAGAAGAAAGUGUCGAAGAAGUAAGCUCCUGAUCUGUAAUCCACUUGGUCGGAGUAGAUAGAUGAUUUACACAACAUACACGUACUGCUCUCACUUCAAUA